AUGGCUGCCCAGAUGCAUAAGGCAUCAGCCCUCGCCCCACAGGUCCUCCAGAGUCGACUCGCACUGAUGUGGCUGACGCCCAAGGCAUGCGCCAAGGAGCAGAUGCUGGAGCUCUCGGUGCUGGAGCAGUUACUGGGCACACUGGUCCUGGAGAUCCAGGCCUACCACAGGAGCAGUGGCCCGGAGGGGCUAUCUGCCCUCCUGCCUUGCUGUUUCCAGGUCCCAACUCUCAGCCUCCAAGAGGAUCUGGUCCCCAGGACAGAGGAGGUAGAGGAGCACGAGGCUGCCCUGGGCCCCUUCCAGGCCCCACCUCCAGAGAAGGAGUCCCCAGGAGGGUGGACCCAGCAGGUGGCCCCAGAAGAAGUCCAGGACCUCUGCGGUGUGAAGACUGCCACUGGGGGCUCCUCUGAGGGAGCUGUGUCUGGAGGCUGGGGGGCCUGGGAAGACGGCACGGAGGUCCCGGAGGAGGCAGGGGAUGGUCAGCAGCAGCAAGCCACGCUGGGGGCGGUGCACGACCGGGGCGGUCCCGGCAGGGAGCGGGAGCCCGCAGACGGUGGGCAGGUCGGGGCCGGGCCCAGGAGCCAGCCUUGAGGCCGGGCGCCGCAGCCCUCUCCCCUGCCUGGGAGGCCGGGCUGCCGGUGCGGGGAGGGCGGCACGGCGUUCAGCCAGAGCUCCUACUUGCUGCGGCACGGCCAGAAGCCGUAGAAGUGCCCCGAGCGCGGCCAGGCCUUCGCCUGGAGCUCCAGCCUCGGCCGGCAGCGGCGCAUCCACAGCGGCGAGAACCGCGCGCGCGCCCGGUGCGGCCCGAGGACACACAGCGGCCUGAAGCCCUUCCGCCGCCCGGACUGCGGCAGGCCCUCGGCCCGAAGCAAGGCGGCGCGGCACCGACGCACGCACACGGGCGGGAAGCCCUCCGAGUGCCCGGGGCGCGGCCAGGCCUUCGUCACGGGCUCCUACGGGGCGGAGCGCCCGCGCGUGCACCCGGGCGAGAAGCCCCACGCGUGCGCCCGGCGCGGCCGGGCCUCCAGCCGGCGCUCCAACCUGCCCAGCCCCCGGCGCGCGCACUCGGCCGCCAAACCCAUCGCCGGCGCCGACUGCGGCAGCGCGUUCCGCGGCAGCUGGGCGGGCGAGCGGUCCUUCGCCCUCCGCGGCCGCCAAGCCCUUCGCCGGCACCGGCGCCUGCGCUCUGCGGAGAGGCCCUUGGUGCGCAAGUCGGAGCUCGUGGGCCAGCGGCGCCCGCACACGGGCGAGCGCGGGAAACCCUUCAGCCGCCGCUCCAACCACGAGCACCGGAAGCGGCACGGGGGCCCCGCUGCGCCCUGACCCGAGGACGCGCCUGAGCGGGAGGUCGCGGACGCGCGGCGCUGCGGGGUCCCGGGCCCGAGGGCGCGAUCUGCUGGCCCUGCCUCUGCGGGCUGCCGCUGCGGACGCCGUCCUGCUGGGCGUGGAGGACCGUGGCUGCACAGUCCCUUUGCAGGUGUCCCCGCGGGACACCCAGGCCUGGCUGGGGACAUGUGUGGGGGGCUCUUGACCCCAGAGACGGAUCCAGAGGGUGGAGGCAGCAAGCUCUGCUUCUGGCAGAGGUUCGUCCUUGCAGAGAUGGGGGAGAACUGGCGUCUCUAACAGGCAUGGGAACAGCAGAUCUCGGCUGAAUGUCCUGGU